CACAGAAAAUGAGCACACAUUAUGUGGGUACUUUUUAAGCUGGUUUUAAACGCAGACAUUUUUAUUUAGGAGAGUGCUUCAUGAAUGUUGUGUAUUAUGUCAUUGCUUUUUUAUGUAAGUAUUGCAGCAUUUUAAGAAAAUGCGUGUAUGAUGAAUCAUAUGCGUUUUUUGGCACGCCGCGUGUUAUGCAAAGACGCACUGGAUUAAUUCCUUUUAUUGUGCUUUUUUAUGUAUUUGUCAAAGGUAGCCCACGUUGUGGUCUGGGAUAUAGCCUAGUGUGUUGCACUGGGGAGGGAUUUAAACCUGGAUUGGAAUUGAGAUUGUCAAUCUGAUCUGGCAACCCAGAGUCCAAACGAGCCGUGCGUAAUUCCAGAUCACGGAACGGGAUGGAGAAAAGAAAAGCAGCAGUUUGAAUCAGCAUUCAGCCACAUGCACUGAUGUUGUAGGUUAAAAAGUUAGACUGUGACAGCUUUGUUGCACUAACCUUCUUCACCCACAAAGCAUUUCCAUGCACAUGGAUGCUGCGCGUUGUGAUUAGACCUGGUUUCGUGUAUUAGGGCUGCUUUUGAGGCUCGCUCGCCCUGGACACGGUUCCUCGCGAUGCGUGCUCUUGCGGCGUUCGUGUCUCUGCUCGCGCUGUGCGUGAUCGCGGCGCGCGGAUGCCAGCUUCCCCAUGACUGGAGACCGCAAACGGAAGCGUGCCGCGCGGAGCUGGCUGAGAUCAUCGUUUUCGCCAGGGUGCUCGCCGUUCACGAGGACGCGCACGGAGGCGCGUAUAACUACCUGCCGUGGCAGCACGAAGCCGGACUCUUCUUCUCGGCUGAGAUCGAGCUGCUGUGCGACCAGGCGUGGGGCAGCAUGCUGGAGGUGCCCGCCGGCUCGCGCUUCAACGUCACCGGCCUCGGCUACUUUCCAUGCUACUCAUACAGCGUGGUGGAGAAUAACAACUACUACUUCUUCUUGAGGAUGGAUGAAAACUAUAACAUCAUCCCUCAUGGAGUGAAUUUCCAGGACCCCAUCUUCCCUGACACACCGGAAAAUCACCGCAUGUUCGCCAGCCUCUUCCAGUUCUCCAACUGCACAGCUGGGACGCAGGUCCACACGUACACCCCCGAGUGGGAGGCACAGGAGGACAGCCGGCUCCUGUGCUCUACAGUGCAGAAAGCUCUCUUUGAGGAAGAGGAGAAGGUUAAAACACUUUCUCAGAAAGUUAAAGUCCUUGAGAAAGCCAACAACCACCUGAGGGACAAAGUGAAGAACCUGAAACGUUUGCUGAGGCUGGCCAAACGGGAGACCAAGGAUCAGACAGGGCUUCUCAAACAGCUUCAUGAGCCUGAACCAGAGCUCCCACAUCCACAGCAAGAUACCACCCAGGUCCAAAAACCUGUAAAUGGGAAGAUCCUGCCUAGGAAGCUCAAAAACUAGGGAAUUUAGUCUAAUUGCUUCCAAACUGGGGAAUUUUGCCUAAGUACUGCCAGGGAGUCAAACCAGCUACACAGCUGUAGGUCUGUGUAUCCAUAAAAUUUCCAUAAACUAGAAUGAAAAUGGUUAUAAUAUGGAAGGUAAUGGACUUUGUAUGUAUGCUUCAGCUCAGGAUUAACAGAGAAAUGAUCUAGAGAAUAUGCAUAUGCAUCAGGCUAGUACUUUAUGAAAAGCAAUGUUAAGUAUCAAUGAAUGAAUAUUUACCAGCCGUUAACCAUUUUUAUCCAUGUUCACAAAGCAGACACGUUAACUAGGAAACUACCAUAAUACAAUCACACUAUCAGACGUAUACAGAUUAGAUCAUGAUCAGAGGUCAGCAUCUAGUCACAUGGUAUCAGGUAACAUAAAAUCACCAGUGGAUUAUGGAGUCUCCAUUAAUGGGUUUCAAUUCAAUGAGCAUCCACUCCUGUUCAAAUGUAUGACAUGUAUAACUUUUGAAAGAUGUGAAAGCCUUCCCUUUCAUUUGUACCUGUGAAAAUUCCCAUGCAUACCUGUAUUUCAAAUUUGGAAGCACUUGCACCCAUUUGCCAGUAGGCUGUCAUCAGACUGAUAUUAUACCUUCUAGUCUUGCAUAAAAGAAUGUCAAAAUUCUACAAUAUUUUACCAUUUAAGGUUAAAAAAGAAAACUAUUUUAGUAUAUUCUUGAAACACGGUGCACUUGACAUCUCUGGAAUGUUAUACUACACUCUUUCCAAAGGUCUCUCAACAUUUCUUUUAUGAUUCCAAUCUGUAUAGUGUUUCUUGUACUUAUAUGAGUGAAAUUGUUUCUCUUUUUUCCUUUCUUUUCUUUUUUUUUUUUAAAUAUGCAACCAGGGUGCUGAGCACUCCAUAAAUAGGACAACUACUCAGUAUGGCUUAUUUUAAGGUCAGGUUUAUUUAGUAUUUAGUGAACUGAUAAGAAUUUGUUAUGUUAAGGUCAGCAAUUUCAUUAAAAAAAUAAUGAAAUGUAAACAAUGUUGUUUUUCAUGUAUGUUUAACAUAUUCUUAAGCUUUUAUGUAUGCCAUUAAAAUGAAAUAAACUUUCGGUUUUACUUAA